AUGUCGCCGCCACCAAAUAAACCAGCCACCCCUGCUUCCGCUGCCUCCAGCUUUCCCGCGGACGCAUACACGAACCCAAGGGCCCCGACAACCCGCGCGAACGAGCAGACGACAGCCCCCGCCACCGCAGCUAGAUCAUCCGGCUUCUUACGGGGCAUGUUCGCAAGCCCGUCGUCGCGAACUCCAAUCACCACUUCCGGCUCCGGCGUCGGCUUCGGCGGCGACUCAACAGCCCCACCGUGCUGCAUACCUCCCGCCACCCCCGGCAACAGCUUCGUCGACACUAUGCCACCGUCGUCGGCGUUGCCGUUGCCGCAGGGUCCGCAGCAGCACCCUGCUCCUCCCAACACCCCGCCCGCCAACAUCUCAGCCGCCGUCGAUUCCUACUGCGCCCCGCCCCAGUAUCACCAGCAUCACCAGCCUUCUAUCCGCCGAACCCUUAUCCACGACGUGGAGGCGCAGCUCACCCCGCGCACCGCGCUCUUCGGCACCGAGGAGAUAGCCUCCCACUCCCCUUCCCCUUCCCACUCCCCCUCCCCCUCGCAGGCCGAAAGUCCCACGCCGCACGCGCCGCAGCCGCAGCCGUUCCGCUUCGGCGUCAUCGGCAGCAACAGCAGCAGUAACAGCACGCCCGCGAACGCGUCGUUCGGACGCGGCUGGGGUCUAGGCCGGGGCCGGGGCGGGAGCGGGAGCGGGAGUCCGAGUACGGCCCCGAGGGGAGAAGAUAGCCAUAGCCGUAUUCGAACUAGAGCCAGCGUGGGCGUGCCGACCGACCCCACGGUGAGUUUCUGGGCGCCGAUGCCGUUCCCGCAGGCGGCGAGUAUGGGGACGGGGGACGAGGAUGUGGCAGGUAGUGUUCUGCCGCAGGUCAGCAGUGGCGGUGGCUUGUUUAAGCGGCACGCGACGCCCCACCGGCCGGGACAGGGACGGGGACGGGGUGAAGGAGAAGAAGGGGCUAAGAAGGACGAGAAGGAUAAGAAGAACAAGAAUGUGAAUGAGAAUGAGGGAAAGUAG